GUCCGUUUCCUGGAGCAGUAGAACAAGAUGCUUGAGACCAAAUGUAGCCUCCUGCAGGACCAGACCACCACCCGCUCCAACAUCGAUGGCAUGUUUGAGGCCUACAUUGCCAACCUGCGCAGACAGCUCGAGGGGCUCGGCAAUGAGAAGGCCAAGCUGGAGGGAGAGCAGAAGAACAUGCAGGGUGUGGUUGAGGACUUUAGGAGGAAGUAUGAAGAUGAAAUCAACAAGCGUGCAUCUGCUGAGAAUGAAUUUGUUCUGAUGAUGAAGGACGUCGAUGCUGCCUACAUGAACAAGGUGGAGCUGGAGGCAAGAGUUGAUGCUCUUCAGGAUGAGAUCAACUUCCUCAGAGCCGUCUAUGAUGCUGAGCUUCUUGAGCUGCAAAGCCAGAUCAAGGAUACCUCCGUCAUCAUGGAGAUGGACAACAGCCGUAACUUGGACAUGGAUUCUAUUGUGGCUGAAGUGCGCGCUCAGUAUGAGGACAUCGCCAACAAAAGCAAGGCUGAUGCAGAGAGCUGGUACAAACAGAUGUAUGAGGAGAUGGAGUCCUCUGCUGGUCAGUAUGGUGAUGACCUGCGCACAACCAAGGUUGAGAUGGCUGAGCUGAACCGCAUGAUCGCCUGCCUUCAGCAUGAGAUUGAUGCUGUCAAGGGACAGGUAAACGUCAAGAAUGGAUGAUGAUUCAGUGAGAAAAAUCUUCAAGUUAAAGAUGCCAAGCUCCGCAUCAGGGACUUGGAAGCUGCUCUGCAAAAAGCCAAGCAAGACAUGGCCCGCCAGGUACGUGAAUACCAGGAACUGAUGAACGUCAAGCUGGCCCUGGACAUUGAAAUCGCCACCUACAGGAAGCUGCUGGAAGGAGAGGAGAGCAGAUUGACCAGUGGAGGAUCCAAAGCCACCAUCCAUGUCCAGCAGAGCUCUGGAGGUAAGUUCAAAAGUUUAUACAUCAGCAACAUCAUCAUAACUGAUAGUGAAUCUAUUGACACCACUAACAGACAGAGGCCUAACGAUAACGAUGAUGGUGUUGGUGGCGGCUCUGUUGGCAAUCCUCAGUCUCAACAACCAGCGCCAGGAGAGUUUAUUAAAAAGGAGAUCUGAUCUUUUCUGUUCUGUUCUGUUCUUAUGGUGCUGCAAAUAAAAAACAGAAAUCCAAACCAAA